AUGGUGAAACUUACGCCUGACUUGAUAAACCAGUCCAUGCAGUACAUGAACCCGUGUCGCGACCGAGAGCUGGAUUUACGGGGAUACAAAAUUCCGCAAAUUGAGAAUAUGGGUGCCACCUUGGAUCAGUUUGACACGAUUGACUUUUCCGAUAAUGAUAUUCGUAAGUUGGACGGAUUCCCGCGUCUUCCCAGACUGAAAUGUCUUCUCCUGAACAACAACCGGAUUGUAAGAAUAGGCGAAAAUAUCCAAGAAUCGCUCCCCAACCUUCAAAGCGUUAUUCUGACUGGGAAUAACAUUCAGGAGCUGUCUGACUUGGAACCGCUAGUAAAACUACCACAUUUGCAGACGCUCAGUUUGUUAACGAAUCCUGUCUCAACCAAGCAGCACUAUCGUGAGUAUGUUGCUGUACGUUUCCCUAGUCUACGGUUGUUAGAUUUCCGUAAGAUCCGACAAAAGGAACGCGAGGCGGCCACGCAAUUCUUCAAGACCAAGAAAGGUAAAGAAGUUCUCAAGGAAAUUGCACGGAAAUCGAAACAGACGUUACCACCUGAAGCAGCCGGUGCCGCAUCGCCCGAAAAGCAAGCUGUCCACAACGCCAGCCCAGAAGAAAUUCAAAUACUUAGGGAAGCUCUCAGGAGCGCCAAAACUCUGUCGGAAGUGGAACGGCUCAAUCGUAUGCUACAGUCUGGUCAGAUAACCGGCGACAUUUUGAACGGUAACGACAUUCCCCUCUCUCAAGCUUAG